GUGGGAGAGUACAGUGGCGCUGGGCGCCCCUCACACCUAUUGGGCUCCGGGGCUCCGGGCCCUGGGUCUGGGAGAAGAGCGGAGCCCACUGGACUGGAUCGGGCAACCGCCUCUGCCGCUGGGAGCAUUAACAGAUAACAACCAGAACGGUGAAGCAACUUCCACAAUGAAAUCUGAAGCCAAGGAUGGAGAAGAAGAGAGUCUGCAGACAGCUUUCAAGAAGCUAAGAGUGGACGCAGCAGGAUCCACAGCUUCCCUUUGUGUUGGAGAGGGAGCAAGUGCCCGAGUGUCAGUUAGGACAGCUACAGAGGAGACCAAACCUAAAACCAUGUGUGCAUCUAAAGACAGUUGGCACAGUUCUACAAGAAAGGCUUCACGAGGAGCAGUGAGAACUCAGCGUCGUCGGCGUUCCAAGUCUCCAGUCCUUCAUCCUCCAAAGUUUAUACACUGCAGUACAAAGGCUGCGUCUUCCACCAGUCAGCUCAGACACAAAAGCCAAACUGACUGUCCUGACAGCAAUAGCCGCCUAGGGGUUCUACCUGCUAAUGAGUUCAGUGCAAGGGAAUGCUCUAUUUCUUCUCUUAGUAAGGCUAAUCACACACGAGCUGUGAAAGAGCCCUUGGGAGCUACAGUUCCUGAUGGUACAUCAGAAGGCAAAACAGAAGAAGAUUCCCCUGAUGCUGCCCUGGCCUCCCAAGCGAGUCUCAAGGCCAGUGAUCUCUCUGACUUUCAAUCAGUGUCCAAGCUAAACCUGGGCAAGCCAUGUGCAUGCGUAGGCAAGGAGUGCCAAUGUAAGAGGUGGCAAGACAUGGAAGUGUACUCCUUCUCAGGCUUGCAGAAUGUCCCUCCCUUGGCACCAGAACGAAGAUCCACCCUCGAGGACUACUCGCAGUCUUUCCAUACCAGAACUCCAUCUGGCUCGCCUCGCUCUUGUUCUGAGCAAGCUAGGGCCUAUGUGGAUGAUGUAACUAUUGAAGAUCUUUCGGGCUACAUGGAAUAUUACUUGUAUAUUCCCAAGAAAAUGUCCCAUAUGGCAGAAAUGAUGUAUACCUGAUAGCAAUAAGCAAAACCGUAUGCUUUAAAACCAAUGAAGGGUUGGAAAAGUGACUUAGUUACUGGCAGACUGCUCAGCCACUCUGUGUGAGAAGAUACCUUCCUCUGCUCACUGUGCUUGCAAUAAAAACAUUUCUUUGCAUCUCA